AACACUAAAUAUCACCGGAUCUAACAAGCUCUUCACCGGAUAACUCACGUCACUAUCGCGAUGAACAUCAACAUAAAUUGAGCUCUAUUAAAAAAAGCUCUGAUGAUUUAAAAAUUGAACAUCAGGAAAGACAAAGCGGGUGAUGGGAGGCGCAUCUUGAGCUCGUUCCAUCGUCUGUCUCACAUUGCUUGAUGCCCACCUUGCCUGGACGAAAUCACAGAGCAAACAACAGCAAGGAACAGAAAAUGAUCUUUUAAGAAAAAAGGUAGAACUAGUCGAAACCAUGGCGUUCAAACACCAAGACCAAAAAACAAUUCAUUAAGACUUAUGGAGCGGCAUCGUCUGAACGUACCAUUUAGAAGACCCCCGAAGAAUCUCAGCAAACACAGACAAUGGAAGAAAACGCUGGGACUUUAUCUGUUGAAAGUCCCCUUUCACCAAGCAUUUCCUCUGUAUUAAGUGGAGCACGUGAUAACCUAAGCGGCUCACCAUGGAGCAAGGAAGCGAAGGUCAAAACGGAGCGAUCUCAGCCCAGCCCUCCUUCCAAACUGAAGCUCAGGUUGGCGCUGGGAAUGGGUUGCUUUUCUGGCAGCUGUCUAGCGGUCAACCCAUCCUCCGGAACGUUGGCCUACCCGGCAUCUGGAGUCACCGUUCUAUUGGAUAUCGUCAAUAGCAAACAGAGGGGCUACAUCCACCAGGCACAUCAAACUAUCUCAUGCGUGAAGUUCUCCCCAGACGGCAACUUGCUUCUGAUCGGCGAGCUCGGAUACAUGCCUCCGCUGAGAGUGUGGUCCAUCCAGCAAGAGGUUGAGCUGACAAAGUUCCUGGGCCAUGAGUAUGGCAUCGUCAGUGCAUCCUUUUCCAAGGACAUGCACUUGGUGGUCUCAGUGGGCACUCGGCACGACGGCUUCAUCAAUGUCUGGGGAUGGCCCAAUAAAAAUAAACUGGCUUGCAAUCGGUUCGCCGAGGACAUUUUCUCCAUGGCCUUUUCUACGAAGGACAACUUUUUUACAACGUGUGGGACACACCAUAUCAAGUUUUGGUACCCCGUGCCAAUGAAGAAAGAGCCCAACAAAUACUGCCCUCUGCGCCCUUCUUUGAGCACCCUGUAUGGAAGACCGGCCAUCCUUGGCGAUAUCAAGAACUUCACUUUUGUGGAUAUCGUAUGCGGGUCGCAGCUUUCAGAAGAUUUCAUCUACAGCGUAACUAAAUGUGGCAUCGUGUGUAAGUUGUCAACAACCAGGGAGGUCAAAGUUUACAAACGCCUACAGAACACACAGCUGUCCAGCAUCCAGGUCCACGACACUCAGUUGAUGGUCGGCUCCAUAUGUGGACAUGUCUAUUUCUUCGAUGCCUUGUCACUUGAGUUCAAGGUCACUGUAGCGCUUCCCCUUGACAUCUGUUUCGCGGAGCAGGUCAUCAAAAGUCAAACGAGUACGCUGGAGGCUAUAGUGGAUCAGCACAAGGCCAACAUUUACUUAGCCCUUGAUUACGAGCACAAUCUACUGACCGCCGCCUUGACCAACGGCAGUUUGUGCAUUUGGGACAUCAGUGACCUAAAUAAUAUAAAGCAGAAGUAUUACUCAGUCAAUCACAGUAAAGCAAUCUCUGGACUCGAUCUCAUGCGCAGCUCCACAGCUAGUAAGAAUAAAGAAACUAUCGUUACCGUCUCGCACGACGCCACUGUCCGCAUCUGGGAGAUCGCCAUGUCCAACGGCAUUUGUUGCAAGAGCAGCAAGACCAUCUAUACGGAGUUUGACCGCACUGACCCCAGUGUGAAUGAAGUGACCCCUGUCCCCCAGGAGAGCAUGAAGCUCCCGACAAACGAGAAGCUUAUCACAACGGUCAAGAUCAGUCCUGACCGUGACUAUAUUGUAACUGGUGAUUCUACAGGCUUGAUCUCUGUAUACCAGACUUCAACUUUAGAAAAUAUCAAGACUGUACACCGUCACAACAGGGGCGUGUCCACCUUACACAUUUACUGUGGCUCUCGUUUAAACUUAAAGUUACUAAUCAGUGGUGGACGAGACCGGAUGAUUCACAUUUUCGACAUGAACAACAACUUCAUUCUGCUGAGUUCUUUAAACGUUCACUCUAGCUCGAUUAACUCCCUUGGCAUGUGCUGCGCUAACGAUACCAUGACGUUGUUCAGCUCAGGACUGGAUAGAUCCCUUAUAAUGAGUCGAAGUCGUCUGGAAGAAGUUCCCAAAUUUAAACCUUUUCGUUGCCGCCACACGGCCUGCUCCGUCAUCGAUAUGAUCGUGUGCGCCAACGAGUGUCUGAUUGGCGUGGGCCGCAUCAAUGGUGAGGUCAGCAUGCUGGACGCCAGGAGUUGUAAAGAGAUCAAACGUCUCAACGUCUGCAGCAAUGAAAAUGCUCGGCUGGAGAAAAUACAGAUCGACACCAUGACGAACUUGAUCCUGUCCGCCUGCUCAGACAGAACUAUCAGCGUCUUUAGUCUCGCCAACGGAAUGCUUCUAGCAGACGUUCACGGCCACGCCAAAAGUGUAAGCGGUCUCUGCUUCUCUCACAAUCUGAAGUUCGUUAUCUCCACGUCUAAAGACGGAUGUGUCUUUAUCUGGGGCUUGCCCACAAAGGUGCUGAAAAUCGGUGCUAAGAUUUCAAACAUGGGAGAAAUACCCUGGGCCAAUCAGAGAGUCAGGGAGUCAAGCUCAGAAUCCAAACUUAAUGAGAAGAACAGCUCGAUUCAACUCCCUGACCUCGAAAUUUCUCAAUUCCACAGUCCGUUGGCAUACAUCACUUCAGCCAAGAAACAUAUGCAGAGGAUUGUCACCGUGGACAAUGAAAAAUCUUUGCUAACUGCCACAGAGGUGGAGGAGGAGGAGGAGGAGGAAGUCAACGAGGUCUUUGUGGAGGAGUUCUCACUCAUGGAGGAUUCUUGCUGGGAGCGCAUCGAAGAGCAGCACAGAAAGGGGAUGACCGGAAACAGGCGCGUGAAGAAAAUCUCGUGCACGUCAGACACGCGCCUGAUCAAGGCCAACCAAUCGGAUGUGAAGUUUAGCUGCCACUCGACACACUCUGGAGACAACGAAUACCCUGCGAGCAGCGAUGUCAUGCAAAAGCAGCUUUCUGCCCCCGUGACCAGCGAGAUGCUUCAUCAGCAGACCUUUGAGGCCGGCGACCGCGACCAGGAUGUGAAAAGUAUGAUUUUGCCAGGCGCCGAGACAGCUGCCUCGCCUCCAUCCGAUAAAUGCCCCGAAGACUGUUUUGAGACUACAGAGCCCAGUGAAGAUGACGUGACAAUCAAAGCCGAAGGUGUUGAACAAACUAUUCAGUCCUAGAAAUAAACACCAGAAAAAGAAGAACUAGAUAAACCCAGAAUUCAAAAAGAAAAAAACACUUUUUUAAAAAUCUAGAAGGACUAUAAGUCAAACGGAUGUUAAUGAUACCAACAAUAUAAAAUCUGAUAUGGUAUUGAUAUGACAUAUUUAGUCAACCCUAUAAGCCCACCCAAUAAGUAACCAUACAUUGAAAGACCUGAAUGAGCCUAUGGAAAUAGAAAGAAAAAAACCAAUUCAUUCAUUUCAAAAC